UUCUAGAUAAGGCUCUAAAAUUACCAGUGGUACUGGCUGUGCCUAAAUUUAAAGAUUAUGGGAAAUGGUUAUAGCAAGCUGCCACAUAAAUAAAUAAUUGAAAGUGAAAGGAGGAAGGUAGAUUCAUGAGAAAGUAUUCCUUUCCAAAAUGCAGCACAGAGAGAUGAAAACAAAUUGAAGACUGAAUCUUAGAUGUUCACUCUGUACAUUAAGUUUAAUGGUGCUAUCGACAGCUUCAUAUGACAGGAAAUGAUCUGGGCGUUUUGUUCACUUAUUCUGGAUGCCCUUAGUUUCAGAGAGCAACUGGUAACAUGGAUUGCACCUCGGAAGGGGACAGCUGAACUCUCCCUCUGGCUUUAGUAAGGAAAAAGCAGCGAUGAAAUCCGUGGACUAUGUGCACGUCAUCCAACAGAAGGAUACCGCCUCCUCUCCUUCUGCCCCCCCUGGUGCUGUUUCAGGCAGCACGGGACUCUUUUCUGUCACAUUCCUGUGGCUCGCAAUGCUCCUGUCCUCUUGUCUUGCAGCAGUAUCUCUUUACCAUGUUAUCACCCUGAAAACAGAACUAGAAGCUCUGCGCAGUGAGCUGAUCUACAGGCUCCAGGCAAGGUCUCCACUAGACCAGCCACCCGUGUCCCCUGAGGAAAAUAAAGCAGGUACCCCUGUUUCUUCCUUCCUGCAAGUGUCUGCAGCUGGCACCAGGCAGGAGAACAGGCUUCCGGAUAGCUUCCAAAAGGAAAUCUGGAAUGGGAGUAGAAACAGGGGCAGACGGUCUGUUGUCCACACAGAAGAAAAAGUGCUACAGGCCUGCUUGCAACUGAUCGCUGACAGCAAAAGUGAUAUCCAACAGAAAGAUGAUUCAAGCAUUGUCCCUUGGCUUCUGAGCUUUAAACGGGGAACAGCUCUGGAAGAACAAGGAAAUAAAAUAGUGAUCAAGGAAACAGGUUAUUUUUUCAUAUAUGGCCAGGUUUUAUAUACGGAUACAACAUUUGCUAUGGGACACCUAAUACAGAGGAAGAAGGCUCACGUGUUUGGGGAUGAUCUCAGCUUGGUGACAUUGUUUCGUUGCAUCCAAAAUAUGCCACAGUCUUAUCCAAAUAAUUCUUGCUAUACUGCUGGCAUUGCAAAAUUAGAAGAAGGAGAUGAACUUCAACUUACAAUACCACGGAGAAGGGCCAAAAUAUCCUUGGAUGGAGAUGCCAGCACCAACUUCUGAGAACUUUUCUUCACUUUUAUAAGCGAACCUAAAACAGGAAACACACCAGACAAACUUGUGAUAUAACCACCAUGUGAUUACCAGAAAGCCAAUUUAUUUCAGACAAUGGGCAACUCUAGAUAACAACUGUAAAGCAGUGAGUUUUUGGCUUUGAAACAAUGUAUUGUCCAUAAGAAAAAAAAAAGAUGGAGUUGACAUAAAUAACAGCAUGACCAGGACCAUAGACUAUCAAAUUAUUAUCCAUAAUUGAAAAGGAAAACUAAAAUACAUAUUAGAUUUUCAUUAUUUCAUCAAUAAAAUAUUUGAAGUAUGAAGGAUGGGAAAGAAACAUCGUACAGUAGAUUCCUUAUCACAAAAUGAAGAUGUUAGGUGGGUUCUGGGUUUUGUUUUUCUUUUUUCUUUGACACAAAGAUUUUGGGGAAAGAAAAAAUCUAAAUGUAUGGGAUAAUGUAAAUAUACAGAAUAGUAGCCACUGUCUUGCUUCUUCCCUGUGAACAAGAGAUUUACUAAAAUCUUUUAGUAUUUACUAAUUAGAAUUAAUUUUAGUGGAAAAAGGACAUGUAAGAUGCUUCAACAGCUCAAUCUUCAAAGCAUUUGCGUCAAGGAAUAUGUGUACAAUUCUAUGUAAACAAGGCAGGAACAAAAAGAAAUGCAAUGAAAUUAGACACAUUACAGUGGGUGGAAUUGGAUUUCUGGCUUCAUCAUUUCUGCAGUCAUAUAUAGAUGUGUAUAUAUACAUUAUAUAGAUGUGUUUGUAUAUAUAUGAACGUAUGUACACACACAUAUGUCUUGGACAUUUGAACAUAGAUAAAAGAUAAAAUUUAAAUAGAUAGAAGAUAAAAUUUUAUCUUCUUUUGAAUAGUUUAUCCAAUGGAAAUAUUACUUCAUACAUAUUCCUUUUAUUUCUCUUGCGCCUUGCUAUGAUCCCCUCUAUGCAACUUAGUAAAAAAUAAAGUCCCAUAGACCUGGAACCAGCCAUGCAGUUAAGAAAAUACAUUUGUAUUUAACCCUAGGUUAAAUAUAGGCUUUUUCUGCAGUUUUGAAUACAUUGCUCAAUGCUGUUUCACCAAAAUAAUCAGACCUGUAGAAAAACUGAACAAGACAUCCUUUUUUCUUUUCUUUUGUCUCCUUUGUUCAAUAGAUAGGAUUUAUGUCUUUUUUUACCCCAAAUAUUGCAUGGUCAAGAUAAUACAGUGGUAAUAGUGUGGGCAAGACUUCUAGUAGCUAGUGUAAUACAAACAUUGAGUACUUGUUCCACGGAUCUUUAAAGAAUAUUAAAGUGCUGUUGGAAUAGAGAAAAUAAUAACACCUCCCCUGUACUGUACUUCACUUGACAAUUUUUUUAGGAUUUGAGAACUGUGUUAUGUAAGUUUAUUUAGUAAAGAAAAGAUGCUUUGUAUAUUGCAGUCUCUUUGUUUUUAUAAACCAUGAUUUGAUUGAGUUCUCAGGGUGAUAGACAAUAAAUAAAAGAGUUUUGGAGCUAAGAAUUACAGAGCAUGGUAAACUAAUGCAACAAUUAAUUCAACUUCUCUGGGCUUCAGGAAGACAUUCAUGUAUUGCAUAUGUGUAUUGGAUUACUACACUGGGAUUUUUAUGAGGCUUAACUACAGUUUCAAAAUGCCUGAACUCCUCCUUUUUCAAAUUUAUUUAUUUAUGUGUUGUGGAUCUGAAGCU